AUGAAGUUCACCGCCGCCGCUAUCGUCGCCUUCGCCGCCCUGGCCAGCGCUCAGACGCUCGCCGACAUCCCGUCGUGUGCUAUACCCUGCCUCGACAGCUCCAUCAAGAAGAACACUGAGUGCAGCACCACGGACGUCUCUUGCAUCUGCAAGAGCUUUGACAAGAUCCAGGGUGAUGCCACCACCUGCGUCAUUGACAAGUGCGGCACCGACGCAGCCCUUAACAAGGUCCUCCCUGCGGCUACGGCUCUCUGCAAGAACGGCGGCGGCGGCGGCUCUUCCGCCCCGGCCUCGUCCUCUGCUGCUGCCUCCACUUCCUCGGCCCCGGCCUCGUCCGCCCCUGCCUCGUCCUCUGCUCCGGCGACCCAGAGCGGCAGCGCCUCGGCCACCGGCUCUGCUCCCGCCACCACCCUGAAGCCCACCGGCCCCAGCCAGACGGGCAACGGCACUCAGCCCACCUCGUCUUCCCCCGUCACUGCCGGUGCCGCUGGCUUCGCCCCCGUCGGCGGUCUCGCCAUGCUGGCUCUCGGUGCCCUGGCUCUGUAAGGACCUCAGCUUAUGGUUGUGAAGAAAGGCCGCGCGCCUCCCUAGGCAUUACGAGCAUGAACCCAUGCACGAAGGCUGCGAAGGGGCGUCUCAUCACGUUGGGAAGCGUGGCAGUCUCGUCACAGACGAGAGGCUCGUCUCUGACGUGGUGCUGAUAGACGGCAAUGUUGUGUAUGCGUUUGGAUCGGGUCAGGGACUCACCUCGACAGAGGGAUACAUGGUACUCGAAGACAGAAUAACCACCAGUAUACUGGCUAAUGAUAAUUGC